CCCCCCCCCAUCAUGGCUGGUAUCAACGCCUCCGCCUCGUCCAGCCGCAACAAGCGCACCCGUGCACCCGCCUCUGACGACGAAGACUCCGCCACCACCCGUAAACGCCGCCAGACCCAGCGCGCCGUCGACGACGACGAGGAGCAAGAGGAGGGGGAGAAUGAGGAAGACGAGUAUUAUAGGAGGAUGGAGGAGCAGGAUGUGGAAGCCGAGGGCCAAGCUUAUGCAGAGCAGGGGGAUAGUAGCUUCAAAGUCAAAUACGACCGAGGCGAAGACGGGUAUGUCGCGGGGUCGGUAGUGCGGAUCAAGGCGACGAAUUUCAUGACCUAUGAUCACGUCGAAUUCCGCCCAGGACCGCACCUCAAUAUGAUCCUCGGUCCUAACGGUACCGGGAAAAGCUCUAUCGCCGCGUCCAUCGCCAUCGGCCUCGGUUUCCCACCCAAAGUGAUGGGCCGCGCCAACGAAGUCCGCUCCUACGUCAAACAAGGCCACGACGAAGCCCAGCUCGAAAUCGAGCUCAAAGGCCGCCCCUCCCAACCCAACACCAUCAUCUGCCGCAAGUUCAACCGGCUGAACGAAAAGUCGGAAUGGCUCCUUGAUGGGGAGGCGGCGACGAGGACGAGGGUGAUGGAGGUUGUGCAGGGGUAUGGUGUGCAGGCUAACAAUUUGUGUUCGUUCUUGCCUCAAGACAAGGUUGCAGAAUUCGCAAAGAUGGACGCUGUCACAGUCCUCAAAGAGACCAUGCGCGCCGCAGGCGAUCCCCGUCUGACCAAAUGGCACGAAACACUCAUCGCUAAAGGUAAAAAAGCCAGCGCCCUUGAGGAAAACCUAGAAAAGCACGUCGCUUCGCGGGACAAAUCCCAAACCCAAGUCGACUCGCUCGCCCCCGACGUCGAACACGUCCGCGAACGCGAAACACGCGAGUUUGAAAAAGAAGUAUUAGAGCAUAUCCUGGGUAUCGCGGAGCAUGUCAAGUUGAGGGAACAGUCCGUCAGGGCGGAAGUGGUGAAGAAAAAGGUGAAGGAAAAGUUGGAGGCGCAUGAGCGUGGGAGGCAGCCUUUGAGGGAUUUGCAAGAGACGCGGGACAAUGCAGUACACAAAGCGAACGGUAAAGUCAAAAUCAUGCAAGACCGCCAGAAACACACUUUUGCAAAUCUUCGAGAGACGAAACAAGCCCUCGACCAACUCGGCACGCGCAGAGAAGAUAUCGCCGACCAGAUCAACAAGCUCAAAAAGAAGGUCGAGCGCGAACGUCUCGAAAAAGAGAGUUGCAAGACGAAUAUCGGCAAGUGUGAGGCGAUACUCGCAGAGCCGAGGGAGGAUCAUGAGGUCGAGUUGAGGAAGGCUAAAGAGGAAAGGCUUGAAGUGUCUCAGAGGUAUAGGGAGAAAGAGAGGGAUGAGCAAGAGCUUGCCAGGGAGUAUGAGCGAGAGAGUAAUGAGUUGAAGGAUAUUGAUCAGGCUAUCAAUCGACUUCAUCAAGAGAAGAGCACAUUCGAAAGCGUCGAAAGACGCAAAGAAGAUGCUGCCCGACAAGCCAGCCCUUCCAUCUCUUUCCUCCUCGACUAUUUCAAAGACAACCCGGAUAGCUUUGAGGGCAAGGUGCACAAGCCGCUGAUGAUCUCUGUCAAUGUGCCGAAUAGGCAGUAUGCUUGGCAGGUUGAGGCUUGUACUAAUUGGCCUCAACGUCAAACGUUCAUCUGCGAAAAGAAGGCCGACUACGACCAUCUCAUCUCCCUCAACGGCAGGCCUCUCCCACAGAAAUACAUCAAGAACAAUGGUCGAUGGAACCCGAACCGGAACACCGGUCCGCCCAAAGUACAGCUCUACUUGGCGUUGCAGGAGGUUACGCAGGAUACUGUUAAUCCGAGUAGGCCUUGUACUGUCGAAAGGUUGAAUGAGUUUGGGUUUGAUGGGUUCGCUAUCGACUUUGUGGAUGCCGAUCCUGGUGUUAUUGCAUACCUCGCCAGCGUCUGCAAGAUGCACAUCACUGCUGUCACUCAGAAACCUUCUGAAAGAGUGAAGACCGAUGAACUGCCCAGAUUGGGUUUCAAACAAUGGGGUACUGCAAAAGAUUGGACCCGGUCCAACCAGUCGACGUAUGGUAGAAAGGCGUACAGUCAGAUCAUCACUGCCAAGACGGAAGCUCGAAGCUUCAACAUCGUCAUUGAUACGGAGGCUGUGGCGAAAAAGGUGGAUGAGAUUGCGAAACUGAGGAGGAAGAAGGAAGAGGCGGAACAGCCUCAUGGGGCGUUGAGGGACAAGAUCUCUGCUGUGAACAGUCAGAAGAAGGAGAUCCAUGCUGAGGGUCUUGCGAUUGAGGAAAAGAUCAAGGCUCUCAUGUCUAGCUCGAAGCGAUAUACCAAAGCAGCGCAUGAUAUUCAACUCUUCAAAGAAAAGCUCGUUAGGCUCGAGGGACUUCCUUCCUACGAAGCCGAACGCACCAAGUUGAAUAAUAUGAGGAUCAAGAAUGCCAGAGACCGACUUCGUCCCCUCGCAGCGUCCACCAACUAUUGCGAUACUGUGAUGGACAACUGCGCCGACUUGAUUGCCGCCACUUUCCGCCAAGCUCAAGCGACUACCAACAAGAAGAUGAUUGAUGACAAGGUCAAGUCUGGGAGUGCUCGGGGCAUGGUGCUGCGUGAUCGAUAUGAAACUGCUUCCAAGGCGUGGAACCAUGCCAAGGCGUUGACCAACAACAAGUGGAAUGAGAUCAAGGCCAGGCUCAAGCCUACGGACAGGACCGUGAGAGAGGAAGUGACCAAACGUGCCAAGGACCCCACCACCCUCCCCUCCGUCGACCAAGUCCUCAACGACCUCAACACCGUCAAGAACCAGCUCGAAAUGUCCGUCAACAUCCCCACUGCCGUCAUUAAGCAAUGGGAAAGGCGUACAAAGGAGCUCGAGGCGGCGCAGAAGAUUGUGGAUGAGGAAGAAGAGGAGCUUGCUGAGUUGAAGGAGGAUAUCACGGAUACUUUGGCCAAAUUCAAUCCUGCUCUCAACACCCUCGUCACAGCGGUCAGCAAAAAGUUCUCUGAGGCCUUUGAGCGAGUCAAGUGCAGAGGUGAAGUUGGGGUGGAUAGGUCGGCAGGGUCAGAUUAUGGAAAGUGGGGUAUUAAGAUUAUGGUUGCUUACCGAGACUCGGAUGACUUGGCGGUGUUGAGUGGUAGUCACCAAUCUGGAGGUGAACGUUCACUCGCCACGGUGACGUAUCUCAUGAGUCUGUCGGAAAUGUCGCGUACGCCAUUUUCGCUCGUCGAUGAGAUUAACCAGGGUAUGGACCAGCGCGCCGAGCGAGCCGUUCACAACCAGCUUGUCGAUGUCACUUGUGGUUCUGAAAGCGGGCAAUACUUCCUGAUCACUCCCAAGCUCCUCAACGGUCUCGAAUAUCACCCCAAGAUGAAGGUGUUGAUCAUCAACAACGGUAUACAUUUGCCGGACCCUUACGACCUGACACAACGCUACGGCGCCCUCAAGGCUUCUCUCAACAAGUAUCGAUCUACCCACGGUAUCACCGCUUAGAGCAGCAAAUGAUCAGUAGAUGUUUACACGGAAUCAUGUGUGGGAUUUGGAGGUAUCUGCGGUAAGCAGUACUCUACUGUGUGCUUGCGUAGAAAGUGGUGUUUGUUUAUAUAUACAUAUCUCGGGUUCAGGGCUGAUCAGAUAACUUUGUGAAUAUCCCUUAAUGAAGAAGCACAAGCUGUGUAUGUCUCUUUGAAGGUUGAUUAUGACCGUUCAGCGACUUGGGCGCGCUUGCUGGGAGGAAAAGUACGGUAGAGAGGCCGGGUUGUUGAGCGUCCUAGCGCCGACUCGUCCCUGUUUCUUACCUUGACUGAGCUCCCCUCUACUAUGGGCGUACCAAACGCCUUCAAUAUGAAGCUCAACAUGGAGAUGUUCAGUUCCGAAGCGGUCA